AACACAGCAGAGGUCAUGCGGACCAGAGAGAGCAAUGUCUGAAUCUGAAAUGGUCAUAUCUGCAGGACUACAAGAAUGUUCAGGGUGAGUGGCUUGUGUAUUCCAACCGGCUGGUGCUGUUUCCAGCUGCAGUUCCCACCUCUGCAGGCAGUGUGAUAGUUAGAGGGGCCACUACUGUCAUACCUGUUGAGUGCCAUUAUAAGAGAAAGCAGACAGUGAAUGGAGAACCAUUAACCCCAACCUGGCUACCCAUGACAUCCACUGUCGGUGUCUUUGGCCUUCUGCACUUCUCCCUUCGUACCAUGACAGAUGGCUGUAUGUCUCUACGUAGUUCCUCAGUGUAUCAGCAGGGGGAAGCAGUGUUUUUGGAGGCCAGUGUGGAGGCCCCUCUGCACCCUCCUCUUACUCUAUAUGUCGACUACUGUGUGGCUACCCUGAAGCCCGAUCCUCUCUCCUUGCCAAGCUACAGGUUUAUCACUAAGCAUGGAUGUCUUUUGGACAGUGUAGUGCCAGGGUCUUCAUCUAAAUUCCUCCCUAGGGAGCGAGAUAGCAGACUAUGCUUCAGUGUGCAAGCAGUGUCUUGGGAACAGAUGUUCAUCAGCUGCCACCUUAGGGCCACUCUAAAACAGAGUUCACAGAGCCACCUUAAUAAAGCCUGCUUCUUCCACAGGCCCACAUUCAGCUGGGGCAUCACAGCUGAGGUGUAUUACCAGGAUGUUUCUCUGUCAUUCAGCUGGCAUGCCACAGAGGGAGACACUGCUCUGUGCCAGUGCUGUGACUCAGAUGACUGCUUUACACAGACUGAAGAGGAGACCAGUGACCACACAAGACACACACAUCAACCAGAUGGAGAAAAGAAGAAUGAGGCGGACACAACCGUUGGGCCACUUCACACGCUGCCACGCUCCCAUUGGACAGGCCGUCUGUCAGUCAAUUACUAAAGAGCCUUUUUCUUUACAGUUAGGUGGGUACAGGGACUGCCGAGACCAAAACCAGUUGUUGGACAAUAAAGCAUUAAUCACA